AUGGAUGGCUGGUCUGAAAGAGGGCGGCCAGUGGUGCGCGAAGCUCUGGAUCAUGUGUGGGAAGUCAUUGAUCGUGAGAUUCAACAUGAACUCGCGAAAAGGGCCAUGGAGCACAGCAAAACCAAGGAGCAUUUAAAAGCCAUGAUGUCUGCUCUUGGAGCUCAACAGGCUGAGAAAAAGGUGCUUCAAGCUGAGAACAACAAACUGCGAGCUCAGCUAGCAGCCAUGUCCUCAAGUCUUAGCCCUGUUAAAGCCAAUUCGAGCACAGCCCAGAGUGUUGACACAGAAGUUGCAUCGUUGACUCCAAGUCCGAGCAGGACCACUACUGGGCCGACUCUUCCCUCUUCAGCAGCUGUAAUAUCUCCCCCUAGCUCCACUGGAUCAGAAGGCAACGAGCUUGCAAAGUUCAAAAUGAGAUUCAAUGCUCUUUCGGACAACUUCAAACAAGCAACGGCCCUUCUUCGGAAGAGAAAGGACGAGCGCGAUUUGUGGAUAGAACGAGCAAAGAAGUUUGAAGAUCUUGCUCGGGCAGCUGAGGAGAAGCAUGGAAUACGAAUUCUUGAGGAAUCAGAGGGUAAUGACCCUGACGAAUCUUGCCUCACAAAUCUCAAUUCCAGUGUCCGACUCUCUGCUCUUGAAAACAUGCCGCCACCUGCUACUCGGACAAUUCCUGAUAGUCAGUCAAUUACCGAUGUAGAAGACGCGCAGCUGCAAUCUACUCAAGGGGAUCCCGAUGAAGCUGAGACUCAAGAUCUACCACCUCUACCAGCAUCUGGCGACGACCAGGACUCAAUAGACAUUAAACAGGAGCCGUCUUCUGAUCUUCCGGUGGUGGUGUCUGAAAGAUCCUUGAAGAGGAGAAGAGUUGAAGACGAUACACUUGCAACUCCAACCGCCCCAACAGUCAAGGCUGAGCCAAAUAACUCCAGUCCGAUCACUGCAUCUGAACAUUAUCAGUUUGACAUCCAGGAGAGCAUUGACCUCGAUGAUAUAGCGCAGAAGAUAACCACUCCACGAAAGCGCAAAGAUCUGGACGCUACGGUUGCUGGAGAGGAAAAAGAAGAACCGAGAUUAGCCCCUCACACAACUCCAAAAUCUGGCUACGUAUGGGCAGACGGUCUACGAUACUCGGCCAAGAAUGCUCCCGGGCCGUCCAUACUCACUCCAAUCAGCGGUAACAAGAGAAUGCCGAAAAGUAUUGUCGAUGAUGAUGGCAACCUUACUACAUAUGUGAAGGCUUCAUUAGCCCGCGGGAUUGCAGAGCUGGCAGAAGAUGGCACUCCUUACGAAAAGCGUGGAUCUACGAAGGGUUCAAAGCCUUUGCGUGGGCUCACCCUAGUUCCUAAUAGUCGGCUGACUUCGCUAUUGAAUACCCCAACUUCCAAGAACACAUCACCCAUCACACAAACUCCACAGAGCCGCACGCCAGGCACUGCUUCAGCUGAAGAUACACCUCUUAACCUCAUGUUCCCCGAACCUAGAGCACUGCCCUUUGACAAGCUUAUGCGACAGACCAAGAAACGCAGCAGUCUAAAGAACGCGGAGUUUACAACGCCUUUGAACAAGAAGACCCAUGCUCGAGACGAGUCUCCGACCAAAGGACCGACAUCAGGUCUCCGUUACAAACCUCUGGCACAACUCCGCCUCGAUGAUUUCAAGGUCAAUCCCUUGUCAAACGAUGGCCAAGACUAUGCCUUUUCGGAAGUCGUCAGAGACAAAGAUGAUAGAGCAGGCCUACGAGGAUGUACAGAUAUGCACUGCUGCGGGAAGCAUUUUCGAGCCCUGGCUCUAUCACACCGGCCAGACUCGCCCUUGACGGCAGAACAGCGACAAGAAGAGCAGAAGCUACUAGAGAAUUACUUGGGCGAACACGCGUACCGAUUAGCAAGCAUGACAAAGGCCGAAAGAGACGAGACCUGGAUCGAAGCCAAGACUGAAGAACUAGCCAACAAAUACGGUAAACAUCGACACCGCUUCGCUCGCAUGCAGUCUCCCCCGGGAUUCUGGAACGCCGACUUCCCAGACACACAAGAGCUGGUGGCUGAUCGAGAAGAGGCACAAAAGAGAGAGAAGCGCGCAAUCGCAGAUCGAUACAGAGAGGCCAUGCGUCCGGGGGCUGGAACCAGACAACUCCAUCUCCUCGCCGUCUCGAAUCCGCCAGCCUCAGCUGCAACAUCUGCUCCUCCCCGCACUCCGCUGGCGGUGCAAGUAGAUGCGGGAGCAGCACUGGGCGAUAUCCGCAACGGUACGAUCCCCCAAGCCGGCAGGAUGAGUAACCGCCAUCUGCCGGCUGGGCAGAACAUACAGGCUGCAGCUGGAGGCGUCAACGGCGGCCUGGAUAUGAAUGGAAACAUGGCACACAUGGGCAACAUGGGCGGCGGCCCUCGGAGGAACAGGCCGCAGUACAGCAACAACAACAUGCCCUAUCACCAGCACCGCGAGCCUCACUAUCAACAUCAGCAACACCAGCAUCCUCAGCAAAUGAUGUACUCCAACUAUCAGCCAUACGCUCACCAGCAGUACUACGCCAUACCGCAGCACCAUUACCCGCAACCCGUUGCCCCGGGCACUGGAUAUAUGCCUUACCAGGGCUACACCAGGUCGCCGCCGCCGAUGCAGCAGUUUGCCCCAAUGGUGGGCGUGAGUGUCCCACCGAGCUACCCCCGAGGCGUUCCGCAGUCGCCCAACCCAACCACGCCGUAUCAGCCUCCACUUGCUACCGCGCCCGGCCUGCCUCAUACGCCGUCCUCGACACAUUCGACGCAAUUGCUGCCUCCGCAUACACCUACAACUCCCCAGACGCCCCAGAGUGUUCAGCCAGCCGCUGUGGUGCCCACUCCCCCUACUCAGGACACAGCUCCAUCGCCAGCUCCGGCCCCGGCCAUUGUUGCUGCUGCCGAGCCCCGCGAGCCGUUUCGACCACCGCUACCCUGGCUGUCACACCCCGGUGUUGCAUUCCCUGUGAGGACUCCGCGAGCAAAACGGCUGAGAAAGCCUUUGGUUGCAGGGGAUAAGGCGGUAUCCCUACCUGCGGGGCAGCAUGAUGUAACUGCAGAGCAAGCCAGUCAGAAGCCUGCUCCCUCUGCUCAUAAGGAGCUGGGCACCCAAGCUCCAGCUCUCAAGCAAGAGGUAGAGCCCGGUGCAGAAACAUCUGAGGUAUCCAAGACUGAAGAGGCAGUCAAGGCUUCUACUGUGACAAAUGUCCCUGCUACGCGCACAGCUGCCCCCGCCAUUCCUGUAGUCCCAGUGCUGCCAAAGCACGGACCCAAGCCUGAGACUGCGAGUCAAGAAAAGGCAAAUGACGAUGCUGCCAAGCCUAAUGGCCAAGACGCUGUGGCUGCCGAGUCAAAUGAGGUCAAUCCUGACGGAACAAAUGAUGCUCCUGCUCCAGCAGUCAAAGUUCCCCCCUCGAGCUGGGCCAAUCUCUUUGCCAAAUCAUCAGCACGAGCUCCAGUCAAUGGUUCAGGAGCGAAUGGUGUCAAUGGAGUCAAUGGUGAUUCGGCUGACGCUGCUAACGAUUUUCCUGGUUCUGCCUUUACUAAAUCAAAUGUCAAUUCCCUCGCGGAAGCAAUCCAGUCAUAUGUGGUUGAGAACAGCGGCAAACUCGACUUCCUUGAGCCACGUGGACUCAUCAACACUGGGAAUAUGUGUUACAUGAAUUCCGUGCUUCAAGUGCUCAUGUUCUGUCUGCCGUUUUACGACUUGCUUGAUCAGGUUGGCAAGCGGGCUGCUCACAGCUUCAAGAGCGAGACUCCUAUGAUUGACGCCUUGAUUAUGUUCAUGAGAGAAUAUAGAGUACUCAAAUCGUCAGCAUCGGUUGAGCAGCUGAACCGUAACUUGAGGAGCGAAGACCUCGAGCGCUAUGGCGAACCCUUUACACCCGAGUUUGUCUAUGACGCUAUCCGACAACUUUCUCGAUUUGACAGCAUGCGACGUGGUCACCAACAAGACGCAGAAGAAUUUUUGGGUUUCCUUCUUCAGUCUCUUGAUGACGAGUGCACACAUGUCAUGAAAGAUUUGUCAAUCGUAUCCGAAGAGGUGCCUUCAUCUAAUACCUCAACUGGUGGAUCUGUUGCAAAUUCCGAUGAUUGGCUCGAGGUCGGCCGUAAGCAACGUGCUGCGGUAUCUCGCCUAUCAGGCCACAACACGUCAACUCCGAUUACCAAGAUUUUUGGCGGCCUUUUGAGAUCCGAAUUUCGCGUGCCAGGCUUGAAAGAUUCUAUCACCACUGAACGCUACCAGCCUCUUCAACUGGAUAUCCAGUCACCAGAUGUCAGGAAUGUCGUUGAUGCCUUGCGUGGGCUGACCCGGCCAGAGCGCAUCCAAGGAGACUUUAACUCUCCACGCGGAAAAGAUGUGGUUGCCACCAAGCAGGUCUUUAUUGAGUCUCUGCCUCCUGUUCUGAUUCUACACCUGAAACGAUUCCAGUUCGACGCCGAAGGCCAUGGAACUGUCAAGAUCUGGAAGAAGGUUGGAUAUCCUCUGGAGCUUGAAAUUCCUCGCGAAGCUUUGUCACGCCAGAAACGUGACAGCUCGAUGCCUAGAUACAAGCUUAUCAGCGUGGUCUACCACCAUGGAAAGAAUGCUAGCGGUGGCCACUACACUGUUGAUGUGAGACGGCAAGACGGACGUGAAUGGAUUCGAUUAGAUGAUACAGUCAUUCGGCGCAUUCGUCCGGAAGAUGUCGCUGAAACAGGAUCCGAAGAAGACCAGAAAGACACACGGAAGGAAACUACCUCUAAUGUCACCAGCAACCGAUUUGGCGCGAUGAAUGAUGAAGACACUGGCGAUGAAGAUGGCUGGAAACAAGUUACCGCUCCAGCCAACGGUAAGCGAUGGAGCAGCGUCGUCAACGGCGCAGCUAACGGAGCUACCAAAGACAAAUCAGUCAAGGACAGCAUCAAGGACAACAAGGUGGCAUAUCUCUUGUUUUACCAGCGCAUAUAA